GCCGGCAGAACUAUGAUCUCCUGGUGAUUGGCGGGGGAUCUGGCGGCCUGGCCUGUGCCAAGGAAGCUGCUCAGCUGGGAAAGAAGGUGGCCGUGGUAGACUACGUGGAGCCUUCCCCCCGAGGUACCAGGUGGGGCCUCGGUGGCACGUGCGUGAAUGUUGGCUGCAUCCCUAAGAAGCUGAUGCACCAGGCGGCGCUGCUAGGGGGCAUGGUCCGAGAUGCCCCCCACUACGGCUGGGCCCUCCAGCCGGUCCCGCAUGACUGGACGACAAUGGCCGAGGCCGUGCAGAACCAUGUCAAGUCCCUGAACUGGGGGCACCGGGUCCAGCUGCAGGAUAGAAAAGUCAUGUACUUUAACAUUAAGGCCAGCUUUGUCGACGCGCACACGGUUUGCGGUGUCUCUAAAGGCGGGAAAGAGACUCUGCUUUCGGCUGAGCAUAUCGUCAUUGCUACCGGAGGGCGGCCGAGGUACCCGACCCACAUCGAAGGUGCCCUGGAAUAUGGAAUUACAAGUGAUGACCUCUUCUGGCUGAAGGAAUCCCCUGGAAAAACGUUGGUGGUCGGGGCCAGCUACGUGGCCCUGGAGUGUGCUGGCUUCCUCACCGGUCUCGGAUUGGACACCACCGUCAUGAUAAGAAGCAUCCCCCUCCGGGGCUUUGACCAGCAAAUGUCUUCCUUGGUCACAGAGUACAUGGCAUCUCAAGGCACCCGGUUCCUGAGAGGCUGUACCCCCUCCAGAGUACGGAGGCUCCCAGAUGGCCAGCUCCAGGUUACCUGGGAGGACCUCAGCUCUGGCAAGGAGAACAUGGACACCUUCAACACCGUUCUGUGGGCCAUAGGUCGCAUUCCAGAAACCAGAAGCCUGAAUUUAGAGAAGGCUGGAGUACACACCAGCCCCACCAGUCAGAAGAUCCUGGUCGAUGCUCAGGAAACCACCUCCGUCCCCCACAUUUAUGCCAUUGGAGAUGUAGCAGAGGGGCGGCCUGAGCUGACACCCACGGCCAUAAUGGCAGGAAAGCUCCUGGCCCAGAGGCUGUGUGGUCAGUCCUCAGACGUGAUGGAUUACGACAACGUUCCCACCACCGUCUUCACCCCGCUGGAGUACGGCUGUGUGGGGCUGUCGGAGGAGGAGGCUGUGGCUCGCCACGGGGAGGAGCACGUGGAGCUCUCACAGGCCCCCAAAAACCCGGAUUUAAGUACUCCCCCCAAAGAUAGACUGCCUCUUGAGUGUGCUCAGCCAGCUUGCCAUGGCCCUGGGGUGGCCCCUGAGGGUACCCUAAAUGGCCUGGCAGGAGCGGGGAAGCCGGAAGCCUCCAGCAUGGCUUCAUCUUGCUACUGCAGCAGCUUGCAACGGACUGGGAGAAACUAGCCCCCAUGUGGCCACCACCACGGGCCUCGUACCCUCUGGGAAUGAGUCACUGGGUUCCAGGGCCUGCCCCUUGCCCCAGCGCCCCGGGUCCCCUCCAUCAACGGGCCAGGCCUGACAGGCCAACCUUCCCCCCCAGCACUUUAUUUGCUAUUUUUGUUUGAUUCAUCACAAGUACAUGGGGACAUAUGUUCGUGGCAUUCUAUAAUGUUGUUUUAAUGUUUCACAAUGUUGAAUGGCCAAAUACGCUUUGUUUGUUUUCUUUUCAAUUCUGUCUUAGUUAGAACAAUAUUCUCUGAAGUUCCAUUAAUUAAUAAUGGCUGUGCAGCACAUGUGAGGGCCCUGCUCAUUUUUUACUCAGCUGCAGCCCCGAACACGCUGUCGAGCCCUUCUUGGGUGCUGAAAGCCUCUGGCCGACAGCUCCGGUGUGGGCCAGGGGCCUCCCCAGGCCUGCCUCCCCCUCCUUGCUCAAGUGAAGGCCCAGCCAGCACCAGGGUACCCUUGGGAGGCCACAGAGCCACUGGGUGGGCCGGGCACCCCCUUCCACUGCCCACCGUCACCCCAUCUGCUCCACAGCAUCCACUUGGUGUGACGCUCUGAGACUCGGGCUCUGUGACAAGACAUGGUGGGCUCCACUUAGCCAGUCUGGGGCCCACUCUGCUACUGUGGUCCGUGGCGGCCUUGGGCCUGGGUGGGAAAGGUUCUGUCUUACAGAGAGUGUGGCCCUGGCCAAAGGUUGGUUUUGUGUGGGAGCGAGAAGGGUGGUAAUCACAGCCAACCCCACCAUGUCCUUACCCCACACCACAACCUGGAGGCCGCGUGGGCAGUUCUGGGUCCCCACCCCAUCCCUGCAGCCCAGGAAGCUACUGACUCCAGGAAUUGGUAUUUUGUCCCUUAGGUUUAUCACGCAUAUUAUAAACCCUUGGAGUUCACAGUGGCUGAGCGGGAUGCGUCCCAGUGUUACAUAAAGGUGAG